AUGGCAAGCGAAGAUAAGCAAGAUUGUGGCACCAAAUGCGCUGAGUCAUGCCGCGUGGGUAUACGGGUACCCCCAUUCUACCCCGAGAAACCAGCAUUAUGGUUCGCUCAGCUGGAAGCACAGUUCGCGCUAUCUAAUAUCACCAGUGAUACGACAAAAUAUUAUCACACGAUCAGCCAGUUGGAUCCGCAAUAUGCCGUGGAAGUCGAAGACGUCAUUUCUACACCACCAGCCGCUGGCAAAUACGACAAGCUUAAGAUAGAGCUAAUCAGACGAUUGUCGGAUUCCCGGGACAAGAAGAUUAAGCAGCUUCUUAGUCACGAAGAACUCGGGGAUAGGGAAGCCAUCGCAGUUCGCCCGUCACCUGCAAAACCUUGCGGGACCAGGAGUACCUGA